AAAGAGAGAGAGGGAGAGAGAGCCUGGGAGGGAAGGCGGAGGAGAAGCGUUGUUCCGCCGGUGUCUCCUCUCCUCCUCCUCCUCGUCUUCGUCCUCCUGCUGCUGCUGCAGCGGCCAUGCUGCCGCCUCAAUGCAUCCAGCGACAAGCCACACUAAAUGCCGCAUAGCAGCCUGAUUCCGGCUCAGUUGUCGCCAUCAAAUCCAUUUGUAGCGCCCAGAUCAGCCGGAAAAUACCGGAACCUGCGCACCGGGGAGGAGGGAAGGGGAAACCUCCAUAGCAACAGACCGGUUCCGCAGCAUUAUUGCUUUACUGCACAAAGGGGACUGCUGGACCAAAAGCUGGACUUUGGGUCUGAGAUGCUGCUGAGGGAGGCGCUAAGAUGCUAGCGAGCACAGCAGCCAACGUAUGACCUCGAGGCUUUACUCUUGACACGUGCUAACAUGGCAGGACAAGGAUCCAACUGGAGAAUUGUUACUUGAUGCACUGGCAGAGGCUUCGGGGAGUGGGUCACUAGGACUCAUCAGAAUCCUUAAAAUCACCUCUGUCGUCAAAGUUGGACAUGUCUUCAUAGAAGAUCCUGAUCUCAUCUUCGCUAGCAGGAAGCCGGACCGCUUCACAGUGUUUGCUUCUUGCAUCAUGAAUGUCAAGUAGUGCUAGCGUGCUUUUGAACCUGACCCUGUCAUGUCUCUGAGUAAGACCAUCGAGCUGGAGCACUUUGAUGAACGAGACAAGGUUCGUCGAGGACGCUCCACCCGGGCUAAACGUGAUGAAUCCUCCGGCGGGACGAGCGGCGGGUCAGGCCCGAGUUCACGGGCCAGCAGCCUGGUUCCAAGCCCAGCGCACAGCACCAACUGCAGCUACUACCGCACCCGCACCUUACAGGCGCUCACCUUGGAGAAGCGUGCCAAGAAGGUGCGCUUCUACCGCAAUGGAGACCGCUACUUCAAGGGGCUAGUCUACGCCGUCUCCAGCGACCGUUUCCGCUCAUACGACGCGCUGCUCAUGGAGCUGACCCGCUCGCUGUCAGACAACCUGCACCUGCCGCAAGGAGUGAGGACCAUCUACACAAUCGACGGCAGCAGGAAGAUCAGCAGCAUGGAUGAGCUGCUUGAAGGCCAGUGUUAUGUGUGUGCCUCCAACGAGCCUUACCGCAAAGUUGACUACACAAAGAUCUCCAUUCCGAGCUGGAAACCCGGCGCCAGUUCCGGAAGCAGCGCGUCGUCGGGGUCAAGCAAGCCGUCCGGGACGCCUGCUGGGGGUCCGGCCGCCAAUGCUGCCGGGAGUGCCAAAGAGCGUCCAGAAGGCCGAGAGGGCAGAGAGAGCAAAGACUUCAUCAAACCCAAAUUGGUGACUGUGAUCCGCAGCGGCGUGAAGCCUCGCAAGGCGGUGCGGAUCCUCCUGAACAAAAAGACGGCACACUCCUUCCAACAAGUGCUGGCCGACAUCACUGAGGCCAUCAAGCUGGACUCUGGAGCCGUGAAGAAGCUCUACACACUGGACGGAAAACAGCUCACCUGUCUGCAGGACUUCUUCGGAGACGACGACGUCUUCAUGGCGUGUGGCCUGGAGAAGUUUCGCUACGCUCAGGAUGACUUUGUGCUCACUCACGGCGGCAAGACUGCAGCCUUCGUGAAUGAAUGCCGAGUCAAAGGGUCUCGUCCCGCCGCGCCUCAGAGGACGACACCUCCCAAGAUCCCCAGCGGCUCGGGCUUGCCCUCCUCGAAGGCUUCAGCCAAAGCUGCGCCUCAGUCCAGGUCACCGGGAUCAGUAAAUGAAGCAUCAGGAUCUCAGGCAAGGUCGUCCAGGUCUAGCCCCUCCCCCACAAGUCCCGGCACACAGCGUAGCCUCAAGGUUUCUCCUCGUCGCGCUUCUUCCACGGACGUCAAUGGCGAGGCAGAGCAGCCAGAUGACGUCGCUCUUGAAGUGAACGGGAAUCUGGCCGUGUCGUCGUCCAUCAUUAGCAACAAGUACAAAAUCGGGAAAGUCAUCGGUGAUGGAAAUUUUGCAGUGGUGAAGGAAUGUGUGGAGAGAUCCACCGGACAGGAGUUCGCUCUGAAGAUCAUCGACAAAGCUCGUUGCUGCGGAAAGGAGCACCUGAUUGAGAACGAAGUAGCUGUCCUGCGUAGGGUUCGACAUCCCAGCAUCAUCCAGCUCAUCGAGGUGGACGAAACGCCCUCUCAGCUGUUCCUGGUCAUGGAACUCGUCAAGGGUGGUGACCUUUUCGAUGCCAUAACGUCGUCUACAAAGUAUAGCGAGCACGACGCCAGCGCCAUGGUCUUCAACCUGGCCGGAGCCAUCAAGUAUCUGCACAGGAUGAACAUUGUGCACCGAGACAUCAAGCCGGAGAACCUGCUGGUGUGCGAGUAUCCAGACGGCACAAAGUCUCUCAAACUGGGAGACUUCGGGUUGGCCACGGUGGUGGAGGGGCCACUCUACACCGUGUGUGGAACACCCACCUAUGUCGCCCCGGAGAUAAUCGCCGAGAGCGGUUACGGUCUGAAGGUGGACAUCUGGGCGGCAGGCAUCAUUACCUACAUCCUGCUUUGUGGAUUCCCACCAUUCAGAAGCGAGAACAACGUCCAAGAGGAGCUGUUUGAUCAGAUCCUCCAAGGGAAGCUUGAGUUCCCGUCUCCAGACUGGGACACAAUCAGCCUGCCUGCCAAGAUGCUGAUCAGUCAGAUGCUGCAGGUGAACGUGGAUGCUCGCUUCACAGCAGAGGAGGUUCUCUCGCACCCUUGGGUGACGGAUGACGCUCCUAUCGACUCCAGCAAUGAAGAGGCUGCCGAGGACACAGAACAGGAAUCUCCAGUGUUGGAAACUAAACAGGUUCCUUCCCCACUGGUCUAGAAGACCACCAAGCUCCAAAGUGGACCACAAGUUGUCCUCUUUGAAAUCCCUGAGUUGAACUUGAUCCAAUUUUAAAGAUUUCCCUCUGCUCAGAUGGAUUACAAUCCAGUAUUUUGGGAAUGUCAGCAUCCAGACCAAUGAGGAGGAAGUCCUGCUGCAGCAUCAGGAAUAGAAUCUCACAGGCUCGGAAUGAUCAAAACAUGGUCCCACAAACUUUCCCUGCAACCACAACGUCUUCCACCUUUUCUGGGAAAACACUUCAAGCUCUUUUUGUAUCGGUGACACCCCCACCCACAUCACCCAAUCUGAGGCCAUGAACACUGUGCCUGUCUACCCUGAUCCAUACAGGGUUUGGGACAAAAUGGGAUUAGUCAACAUUUCCAAGUUCCAAAAUCUUCCUGCCUUGAUCCAACAAGAUGAAUGGUGUGUCUCAAUUGGUGUACUUUCAUACUUGCACUUUGAGUGCAGAAGUUUGUUCAUACUGAGAAGUACAACAAAACGUAGUACCCAGAUGUAGCACUCAAAAUGGUUGAAAAGGUGCAGUGCUACCACCCCAAGUCAUCGACAUCAUAGCUAUAUGUAGCGAAAAUGGAAGAACUAUCAAAUCUAAAUGACUAAAUAAAUAGUCAUUUCUGGUCAGAGGUAACAGUAAUACAUAUGCGACAUCACUACACUCUCAAAAUUCACACACUCAGGAACAAACAGUGUACACAGUAUGAUUAUUGAAAUGUACUGAUGAAAGUAUUCCAUUUGAGACACAAUCUGUUGUUCAUGUUAGCCGUAACGUGUGUGAUGUGAAGUAGGAAAACGUAGCAGCUUAGGAAAAGAAAACCCACAAUGGUCAGUGAGCCAAUACAAAAAAAUGUUGGUUUGAAUGGUGCUGAUUAACUAAUGAUCUCAUGACAUCAUCACAUCAUCCAUCUGUCUGUUAUUAAGGAUGUAGGAAAACAAGUAAGGAGCUUUAAAUGAGUGACUUUUUUUUUUUUAAUUCUUGUUUGUCUGCCCAAUGCAGUCUUAUAACAUUUGAACCUAGCACCACCUCUCCAUGGCCUUGACCUUUGGGCCAGAGCCACUGAUGAAGAACCUGAUAUGCUAGCUCGCAUUCACCAGCGGCUCUCGCCCAUUUUGCCUGCGAUCAACCCAGUCGUCUUAAUUCUUAGCAGUUUUUCUCAGCCGAAAGCAGCCUUGUGUUAGCCACAUGCUAAAAGCCUGCUUUCACUUAGCUUGAUGGCCACAAUUAGGUGAAAAACAGUAUUAUGAAACUUUAGAAAUGAAAUGUCCACUUUGGAGACACAUGACCCAGUCGGCUUUCAAUGGGUCAAUGUGUGUGUGCCUGUGCCUAUGUGUGUGUGUGUGUGUGUGUGUGUGUGUGUGUGCGCGCGAGAGAUCAUCAUCAUCAUGCCUUGUAAACGUUUCUCCAUCAAGUGCAGUAGAUGACCUAGAACUGACCUGAGAUGUUUUUUCCGAAAAGAAUCAUGAACUGUUCAUGACAAAUUGCAUUUGUGUGUUUUUAGCCCAAGCUUUUUCCACCAUUGCUCACCUUGAAGAGCUUUUAGGCAAAACAAAAUAAAAAAAAAUAGUCCCAUCGGAGUAAGGACAGUUUAACCAUGUGAUAUGAGUUCUAAGACCAAACCAUGAUCUUAAAAUUGAAGACAACUGUGAAAUGAAAUAAAACAAAUGCAGUAAAAA